CUGCAACUAAAGCGCAACUGGCCUAAGCGCACCGACUCGACCACGUGCUUUAGUCGCUCCUGAGCUUUCGCUGCUGGUAUCAGAAAUGAGAGUGUUGUGAGUAGGUUUUCCGUUUCCUGCAACCACUACACAUCAAGAUGGUUUUCCACGGCAUCCCUUUCGCCCUUUGCAUAUUCUUCAGCCACCAAUUCAUCACAUGUAUGUCUCGGAGUCCCUCUAGUGACUCGAUUCUUGAAAUAAUUAACACCAAAGAAGUUGAGAGGCUUUUAGCCGAAAAAAAACGGAACAUAUCACGCGAGGAGAGACGUUACCUUUUGGAGAAUGAGCUUGACGAAAAUUAUAUCCCUCCAGAUCAAGAGUUUGAGAUUCAAAAAUUGAAACUAUUGGACGAAGAGAGAGCACCACGGACGGAAAAUCCACGAGUUGAUCUCAAUACAUUUUUGAGGAGGAACAACCAUUCGGAACCUUACCGAACCACCGAGCUUUUGCAAGAUUUGAGGGGUUACAACGGGAGGAAAUUGUUAAAAUCGAGCAAGAAUGCGUUGUUUGUGACGAAAAAAGAGUACUUGCAGAGGGAUUGGUGUAAGACUGAGCCGCUGAUUCAGAAAGUGAAAGAAGAGGGUUGUUUGACUCGUACUGUGAUUAAUCGGUUUUGUUACGGCCAAUGCAAUUCGUUUUAUAUUCCCAAAAAUCCGAAAAAGCGUCACCGGCAUAUUCCUGCGAGUGAGGAGACCGAAGACGAAGACCAAAACGGUCCUGCGUUCAAAGCCUGUGCUUUUUGCAGGCCGAGUAAGUUUACUUGGAUCAGUGUAACCUUGAAAUGCCCCUCGUUGAUGCCUCCCUUCCGUAAGAAGCGCAUCCAGAGGAUCAAACAAUGCAAGUGUAUUGCGGCAAAUGUAAACUAACUGAGCGAUUAGUGAGGAUUUAUUAGCUGACGUAACGCUCUUGAACUUAAGGACAAUUGUAAACUGCUUAAGAUAGAGAGUAAAAUUAAAAGUCGUAGCCUGGCAUGGCUUAGGAUUUUUAAAAGUGUUUUUGUACCGCGUUUUUGCCGGCUUAAGUGGCUAAUCUUAGUUUAAAAUGAUCGGCGAGUCGUCGAUAUUGAUCAUUUCUGGUUAWWAGAACCCGUUUAAUUGAUAUUUUAUUGCAAUUAGUUGCGAGUUGGGCGUCUUCACAUGGCGCGUCUGUGCGUAAGGUUUUUUGCACGGGACGAGGAAACAGUCUGCGAGAUUUAAUGUCGGAUAAUUGUGAUAAAAUCUGCGUAAGGAUGAGAGUGAUAUUGCGCGAAGCUAGACGAUGGUAGGCGACAAGUGCUAAUAAACGUUCCCAACAACAUUAAUAAGUGUACAAACAUUAAACGGCGCCACAAACCUACAUGCUGAGUGGGUACCGAUCAUUAAAGUUAUGUUGAUUUCUAUUUAUAUUUUUAUUAUUAAACGGCCUACAUGAACCCGAAAUUGGGAUUUAUUCAAUGAGGGCUGGUUUCAGGUAUGUGGGCAGUAGCUUUCAGGGAGGUCUGAAAAUUAUAGAGAAGCGCUUGAAGAUGCAGACUGCAGUGGCGAAAUAACAUUCAGGAAAAAAAUACCAGUUUAAAAUCAUGCUUACAGAUAUAUUUAUUACUUUUUACUUAAAUUUUGUUUAAACAUGAAACUUGUUGACCAACUUCAUUAAACUUUAAUUUUAAUUACAAGUCUAUUAAAACAAAUUUUUGCAAUCUGGAUUUAAAAAUAAUAUCGUUCCUACAGUUUAUCAUUUUUGUUGCAUUUAUUCAACAAUGUUUUUUUCUUUACUAUAACUAAAUGAACAUCGUAAUUAAAUAAAUAGUCCGUAGCAAUAACUAAAAUAAAUAAUAAGUUGACAAUUUAAAGCAGAAAGAGAAUUAAAACUAAUACAAAAAAAUAAAGUAAUAACAAAUUAAUUGAAUCAUUGGUUGUGUAUUAUUGAAUCAUUAAAGACGAAAAAAUGUUAAAACAAAUUUAUUAAUUCAAUAAGUUAACGACAACUAAUAUUUUUAACAAAUAUUCUAGUAGACGGUAGUUAAAUUUGUUUUGUUAAUUAUUUUAUUAAUUAUUAUUGUCUUAUUUUUAUUACUACAAAAAAAAAACAUAUUAUAUUCAAAAGUGAGAAAACAAAAUCUCAUGAACAGCCACAUUUUCAAUUCCAAUAAUAAAAUCUAAAAUUCGGACAAUUUUUGAUGAUUGAAAAAAAUAAUUUCCAWUAAUUUGAAAUUCGGUUUUAUUUUAAUAGAUAGAUAAGCUAUGUAAAACUUUCAACAUUUGUUGCUAAAACAUUAUAAAUAGGUAUACUAUAAUUUUAUCGACAACGAGGUUAUUUUUGCUGUCUGAAUUAUCGGUAUUAAAAUUAGUUUCAGUCAAUAUAGUUUGUCCAUAUUCUUAUAUUAUUUGCCAAAUUUACGAAAGCAAACAAUGUAGAGUUAUACUUACCUAUUAUUAUCUCUAUUCAUUAAUCAACGUGAUGAGUAGCUUUUUUUCACUUUGGGUCGUUGAACGCCACUGUAUUAAAUUCACAUACCUCAUUUUCAGCAUGUGAGCAAUAAAUUAUAAUUUUUUUUAUCAUUUAAUAAACUAACUUUAUCUGUUCAAGUUCCUACUACUUUUAGUGUGUUAUAGUAAUUAAGUGGAUUAGUUGUAAUUUUGUAAUUUAUUAUUUAUUAUUUAUAAUUAACAUGUAAGCGGGCGUGAGUUCGGCUUUAUUUAUUUAUCCUGGGAUAAUUAUACGAAAUCCCCUUGUAUGUAAUUAUUGCUUUAAUGGCUAUGAAAUUUUAAAAGUCUGAAUGUAAAAAUACUUGUUAGUAUUACCAUUUAACAGUGUUAUUUUAUUGUUACACGUAGUUUCUUUCUAUAUCGCAUUGAAUAAAAAUAAACACCGA